GGGACGGUAAACACCGCCGGGAGUUGGGAACUUAUCCCGCCGGGGAGGAGGGGCAAGAACAGGCCCCCGGGAGGCAGGGGCGCGUGCCCAUCCCUCAGGCAUGGGCAGAGGUGAACGGGCCGCCCUGGCAUGGGGAGGGACCUUUUCAAUUUGACGAUGUCGUCUCCUGAAAUCGCUUCCCUUUCAUGGGGUCAGAUGAUGGUGAAAGGUUGUUCUUCAACUUAUAAGGAUUGCAAAGUGUGGCCAGGUGGGAGCCGAACCUGGGAUUGGAGAGAAACGGGGACAAAUCAUUCUCCAGGUGUGCAGCCAGCUGAUCUUGAAGAAGUUGUCAAGAAGGGAGUUAAAACUUUAGUGAUCGGUCGUGGCAUGAACGAGGCCUUGCAGGUACCAGCAUCUACAGUGGACUAUCUCAAGAAAAAUGGGAUUGAUGUGCUAGUCCUGCAGACAGAGAAGGCUGUGAAGGCGUACAAUGCACUGGUUGCUCAAGGUGAAAAAGUGGGAGGUGUCUUUCAUUCAACGUGCUAAUGAAUUAAACAAUACAGCCCUCUUCCCCCUUAGCCAAAAAGUCUUGUGCCUUUUGACUGAAGAAAUCAUAGUAGUCAGUAUUGUGGAUUUAUAUGGAAUUUAAAUUAAUCUGAUUGCUCACAAAUGUUCUUCCACGGUGCUGGAUAUGGUAGACUAUUUAAUCAUGAUUCCCUACACUUGUGAUUUUGACCUAAUCCUCUAGGUCUGAAGGUGUAAUUCAUCCUCUGACCAUUAAUGUUUGGCCCAGCUGCUGAAGUAAAAUAUUCACUUAAAAAACCUGUUAGGAAAUUAUCUGAGACUUCACUUCUUUUAUGAUUUGCAAUAGCUAUUGGAUGAUUACAUUUGGUCACUACUAGCAUGUGCCAGUUUUGAAAGCUCCCAGCACAUUUUUAAGAGCUGUAUAAAAAUGGUGAAAAACUCUGCCUCCCAUUGCCAAUCCCUUGAGCCGUCCAAACUUUUAGCAGUGCAUGCAGAGUGAAAUGAUGGUGGAUUUGCUUCUUUGGGAUGAAUAUUUUUUCAUAACUUAAGAUUUGUAAAUUUUACAUUACAUGAAAUCAAGUCACUGGGAGCAAAUGAAAAGAUAGCCUUAAUAGUGAGAAAGUGAGCCCUAUAUUGCGAUAUGUACAUCUCAAUAAGGAAAAAAAACUAACGUAUGGUAUGAACAGUGGGAUUACUUCAAAUCCUGGCUUUAUAGUUAAUGAAAAUGAAAGCUACUGGGCAGCAUAUUAGACAAGCUGAUCAUUGCUAACUAGCUGGGGAAUGGCGGUUGGAAUAUUUAGAUCAGGUGCUGACUAUCACUUGAACAUUAAACACAUGCGUAGAUUUUUAAUAAAAGCUGCAGAUUUUAAACCUAA